AACUUCAGGAGGAUGGCAAGUGAAGUGGCUCAUCUCGGAGCUUCCUCUGUGUUUCUUCCCUCUCAAGCAGGCCUCACCUAAUUGUAAACAUGACACAAAAACCUAAUAACCACUGUAAACGCUAGCUAUAGCAGAUAAAGAAAUAUUAUAUGCUAGCGCUAAAUGAGAAAAGAGAAUAAUAGUACAGUAAAAUUAGGCUGUCGACAGAAUGGCAAUCUGUUCACUUCUAAGUAGGAGGGGCUUCAUACUUUAUAGUGUUCAACAUCACUUAUCAAAUAUGGACAGGAAGGGAUCUCACAAUAUCAUUUCUUGCUUUCUUAUACCUUUGUCGUUGCUGUAAUACAAUGUCAGCUUAGAAAGAUUUGACAGAGAUGGGGAAGACAAGCAAAUGGCUUAGAAACUUCUUGACAGGGAAAAAAGACAAGGAAAAGUUGCCAAGUAAUCAGAGUUCUUGCAUUGCCAUUGAGAACAAUCCGACAACUCCAAUUUCCACCCCACAGACACCGAAAGAGAAAAGGCGAUGGAGUUUUAGAAGAUCUUCAGCCGCAGCUGCAGCUUCCAAGGACUCAAAUCCUGUGGAACCCAUUGCCACAAUGCCACCAGCUGUACAGACCGCUUUGGAUUCUGAGAAUGAGCAGAAAAAGCAAGCCAUGGCAAUGGCAGCAGCCACGACUGCAGCAGCAGAUGCCGCCUUGGCUGCUGCACAGGCUGCAGCUGCGGUGAUCCGACUCACAGCAGCUGCCAAUGGCAGAACUAGUGCAGUUGAAGUGGUUGCUGCAAUAAAGAUUCAAUCGGUUUUCCGGUCUUAUUUGGCAAGGAAAGCACUGUCCGCGUUAAAAGGACUAGUGAAGUUGCAGGCAUUGGUGAGAGGUCACCUGGUGAGGAAACAAGCGACGGCUACACUUCGGAGCAUGCAGGCACUGGUGACAGUACAGGCUAGAGCUCUGGCACAGAGAAUCCGGAUGGCUGAAGAAGCGAAGCCUGUUAAUCAGCACAGAAAAUCGACACAAGAAAAUCAGUUCAGACACUCCUAUCAUGAGAUGGAUAGAGGCAUGGAGGACGUUAAGAUUGUGGAGAUGGAUCUUGGUGCACCAAAAGGAAGCUUAAAGAGCAGGAAUAGCUACUCUAGCCAGCCGCAAUACGAACGAAUAGAACAUAGAUUCUCCACUCAAUAUGCACCAAAUUGUGUAUCCUCUAAGCAAGACAACUACCAGGCCUCACCGGCUCCAUCAGCUUUGACUGACAUGAGCCCAGGAGCCUGCAGUGGGCAUUUCGAUGACUAUUCCUUCGAUACAGCACAAAGCAGCCCACAAUACUACUCCGCUGCGUCCAAGCCCGAUCCUUCAAGGGUUCCUUUCGCUUUACCCAGGCCAAAUUAUGCAGACUCUGACUACCCAUUAUUCCCAAAUUACAUGGCCAACACGCAAUCUUCAAGAGCCAAAGUCCGGUCACAGAGUGCACCAAAGCAAAGGCCAGACUCAAUUGAGAGGCAACCAAGCCGGCGUAAGGCAUCAAUGGAAGGGAGGAAUGUCCCCAGGGCGGUGCGGAUGCAGAGGUCAUCUUCACAUGUGGGCUCAACUGCUCAAAACUACCAAUACCCAUGGCCAAUCAAGUUUGAUAGAUCGACAGUUUCACUUAAAGACAGUGAGUGUGGAUCCUCAAGUACAGUACUCACAAAUACAAACUACUGCAGAUCGCUUGUUGCAUUUGAUGUGAGUACUAAGAACCCAGAAUUCGCAAAAAUUGUUUAUGAACCAAAAUAAUGAAGUACAAGGACACUAGGAGGAAGCAAACAUGUAAAUUCACAAAACCUCAUGGAAAUAGAUCUGCGGUGCAUCCUUCACCCCAAUUUUAACCGAAACUCGUGUAUGUUGCGACCCGAAGAGACAUGGGGAUGCCAAGCAGGCAUUGAACGUUUUAAGAGGGAAUGAUAAAAAAUGGUGAAGCUGAUCGAUAUAGAAGCUGCAAUUGACUCCCGCGUCCCCCCCUCCCCCCCCAACCCAAAAGAUUCUGAAUCUCAGUGUUACUGCAGGGAUGUGCCCUAUUGUAGGGGAUCCUUUUGAACCUUGGCUGAAAGUAUCAAUGAGGUGAAACUGUUAAAAACAACUCCAUAAAGAGCACAACUUGAUUGGACUCUUAUCUGUUUAUAGACAUUUAUGAGGUGUGAUUUUCUCCGAACAUGUAUUGUUUUUCUA